AUGUUUAACCAAGUAUCAAUUGAGACUGGAGUUGAUACUCCGAGUAAUACGGCAAACCUGAUGGAUGCAACGAAUACAUGUGCCAAGGGAGGAUUGACACCAAGAACCCAUAUUACUUAUCUCCCCAGGGAGAGGGGCUACCUAACCUUUCAGCCUGGAGAUUUGGUCAAAGGAAACGUUCAAGAUGCUUCGAAGAGCCAAAUACCAAAAUUAUUCGACAAAACGAAGGCUAAGAAUUCGAUUGUUCAGUCUAGUAUCCGCAUCAGAGACUCUGUGACGCUCAAAUUACUACUGUUGGGUAUUGGUUAUUUUGAGGACUGA